AAUGGCCAGCGUUACUAUUAAUUUACUAGUUGCUGCUUGCAUUUUGACGCUGAUCAACGUGAGCUCCACAGCGGCAAAGCCCUUUAACACGAACAUAAAUACAAAUUACAAUAGUAACUACAAUGCAAACUUAAAUGCAAAUUACCUGAUCAGUUCACUAUUGAACUACAUUUUGGACCUAUUGCAAAUUAUCCACAAGAAUGGGCAACGUUCUAGACCUGUUGAUAUUCCACCCUUUCCUCAGCUUCAUGACAUCACGGACCUGCGGCAAAUCCAGUCACCAGCUACUCUUUCACUAUCACCCUCUUUCAACUUGAUGGAUGGCAAUAAGGAACCUACUGCUGUUAAUAAGGCCGAUGAAGAUAGAAAAGCCAUUGAAGCUGCCGUGGAUGCUUUCAAGGGACCUGAUGUCCCCGCCCUCGUUUCGCCAAUCCCUUUGGAUACGUGGGGUCUUCGUCUUGCAGUACCAGAGCCUCCGGAGAAACAAGCUACUAAAAUGGAACUCCUCAAGGCCCUCGCAGAAGCCUAAAUCUGCACACAAUAGAAACAU